UCCUUCUCCAUCACUAAAUUAUGCUCUUUGCCUUCUUACCCUUUCUCUCUAUCAUCAACAACUACUUUUUCUAUAUUGGAUUUUGCUAAGUUUCCCUUCAUUGCAAUUAGGGUUUUUCCCUUUUGAGUUGGCUUCAAUUCAUCAAUAUCAAUACUAGUGCUUAUAUAUAUAUAUGGCAUCAUCAAGCUGCUACAAUUCCCCUUGUGCUGCUUGCAAAUUCCUCAGAAGAAAAUGUCUUCCUGGUUGUAUAUUUGCCCCUCAUUUCCCCCCUGAGGAGCCACACAAAUUUGCAAAUGUUCACAAAAUAUUUGGUGCUAGUAAUGUUACAAAGCUUUUGAACGAAGUCCUCCCUCAUCAGAGGGAGGACGCGGUCAACACUCUGGCCUACGAAGCUGAGGCCAGAGUGAGAGACCCCGUUUAUGGUUGUGUUAGUGCAAUAACAUUCCUCCAACGCCAAGUCGAGCGCCUUGAGAAGGAGCUCGACUCGGCUAAAGCGGAUUUAAUGCGCUAUGCUUCAAAUGAUAUGUCACAACCAUUAAUUGGAACUCAUCAUCAUGAAGGAGAAAAUAUUGGAUCAACACUUCAUAAUAUGGCAAUGAGUAGAAGAAUGGGGUAUGAUCAUCAUGGAGGAGGAAAUUAUUUUCCAUGGAAUGAUCAAAACAACUCAGGAGGAAAUAUUUGAACACCUACAAAUUGUGUUGUGUGCUAUUUAUAAGUAUAAUAUGUGUCUACUAGUGUGUGCUAUAUGGUAUUCUAGCUAGUUCACAUGCAAAUUACUAGCUAGACCAUAAAUUUGGUUGUGUUUUUUUAUUAUUAUUAUUAUAGACUUUUUAGUAGUUUUGAGCUACUAAAAAAAAAGUCAUUGUCUAAGUAUUUUAUGGCUAUAUAUUGUGUCAUAUUCAGAGAGUAGUAAAAAAAAUGUCUGAGUGAUUGUGAAGUGUCCUAUUUUGUGGGAUUUGUUUAUGGUUUUACU